UAUAUAAAUGGGUUGCUGAAUAACCUCUCAAAAAGGGGAGAAACCUAAGAAGGUAGUCCCGGGCUUCUGGUCUUCCUUCAAGGAUGAAGAAGAUGCAAUGAACUACUUUCUUGGAGGAUACAGAAAGUCUCUGCUGCUGAUUUUGCUGCAUGAAUACGAUGACCAUAAGACUGUGAGCAUGGAUUUUAGGGAGAAUACUCCGCAAAGGAAGAGACUGAAUAGAACAUUUAAGGAAGAGGCAAAUAGGUAAGAGGGUGGGAGAGGUGGGGAAUGAAGAGAUUGAGGUCUGAGGUUGGAUGGGGUUUUAGUCGAGUUGGAUUUUGAGUAGUUUGAGUUGAAUUUGAGGAGAAGGAAGGAAGGAGGUGUUUUGAGAUGGCAAAGAGUAAAUAUGAUAGCUUGUGGUUUAUGGCAUUUCAGAUCACCUAUUUUUAAUAGAGCGUAAUAAACAAAGUUGUGUUUUCUCCUAAUA